CACAUUCAACUAAAGACAAACAACAUUUCAUCAUCUUCCCCCAUAGUUUUGCAUUAUCAACCCCCUUUCUCUUAUUCUACAAACUCCACAAUCACACCACCUCUUCUGUUCCUCUGCCAAAAACCCACCAUACAAAACACAGCUUUUUACAGUUUCAGACCCCACUAUAGUCCAAUGUCUAUAACAAUGUACUGAAAACCAAGAUAUCAAUGUCCUGUCCUAGCUAAUGGACUUAGACAGACCCCAUCACCGCACCAACUCUACUACUACUACAACCAGUGAACUUUUCAUCUGCUUCACUUCUCGUCUUUCUUCAUCUUCAAUGAAACUCUCCAAGUCCAUUCUUAGCCCAAGCCAUGCUCGUGACACUCCUCUUUCUCUUUCCACUUCCCUCAGCCGUAGGCUUAAAACCAAUGGCAGUAUCAAAGGUGGCCAGUCCCCUAUGUUUCCCUGCACUAACAAGAAACGUGGGUCUAAUUUUGAAAACCCAGAACCUUCUUCUCCUAAAGUAACAUGUAUCGGUCAAGUGAAAAUGAAGACCAAGAAAAAAGUAAAACAGACACGUAGUUUGUCCAAAAGAAGAGGCGAUGGAAGUUUCAGGAAAAUUGAACAAGCCCCUGCUGAUGUCUUGAAUCAAAGGUGUUUAAGUGUGCAUCUUCAGCCACAACAAGAAUGCGCGGCACAUAGAAAUCAGAGAUGGGUUCAUCUGCCAUUGACGAUAUACGAAGCUUUGAGGGAGUUCAGCUGUUUGUUUCCGCGUCGUUCGUCGUGUUUUUCGACGAACGAGAAAGAAAAGGAAGAGAAAAUUAACGGAUCUAAGUGUGCUUUUGGUAGAUGGUUAGUUGCAUUGCAAAAUGGGGAAGCAGAAAAAAAUAGAGAGAUUGAGUUUGUGGUAGCUAAUAAUGGUGAAGAAGAAGAGAGAAUUGAGGAAAUGAAAAGUAGAAUGAGGAGUUCAAGAAGGCAUGUGUUUGACGAUAUUGAAUUUAAGGAUGUUGAGAGAAUUAUUGAAAUGAAGGAAUUAGGAGUACCGGAGGAAGAAGAGAAAGCUAGAGUAAGCAUUUGCGUUCCGCCUAAGAAUGCUUUGCUUUUAAUGAGAUGUCGAUCUGAUCCUAUGAAAAUGGCUGAUCUUACUAAUAAAUUCUGGGAAUCACCUGUUCGAAAAGAAAAUAAUGAAAAAGAAGAUGAAAAUAAGGAUGAAAUUGGAGAAAAUGAGCAUGUGGAAAAAGAACUACCAGAUGCAGAGAAAUGUGAGUGGAAUAAUGAGCUUCAAGUGAUUGACAAACGGUGCGAAGAGCCGGAGGAAACCAGUGAUUCAGUAGAUCUUGUGGAAAAUGAAGAGAUCUCAGAAUCAGUAGAGAUUAUGGAAAUGGAAAUAGAAAGUAGUAAAGACGAAGAAAAGCUCAAGAGCAGUGAAUUAGAACCCGAACCAGAGCAAGAAGAUGAAGAACAGAGUGAGAUAAAGCCACUUAUAGCAGAAGUAAACUCCAUUGGACAAGUAGAAGAAUCAACUGUAGAUCAAACAACAGAAAACGUUGAAGAUAACCAAAUCCCUGAACCAGAGAAGGAAGAAGAAGAAGAAGAAGGAGGCAGCAGUCAGAGCUAUUCAUCAUUUUCAGAAAACUCUAGCGAAUCCAGAGAAGAUAAAUCGGAAGCAACAGAAGAAGAAGAAGAAGAAGAAACAUUCAACUCUACCAUAACAAAGAAAGAAAUGGAAGAAACACUCUUGUUGGAACACAUUGACGAAGAUGCAAAACAGGAAGAAGAAGAAGAAGAAGAAGAAGCAACAGCAAAAUCUGAUGAUGUAGAAGUUGUGGGGACAGAAAAGAAUGAAGUCAAAAAAGGAGAUAUAAUUAAAUCAGUUCUACCAGAUUGCUUGCUAAUGAUGAUGUACGAACCAAAAUUAUCAAUGGAGGUAUCCAAAGAAACAUGGGUACACAGCACCGACUUCAUUUUACCAGAGAGAGAAAAACAAGCUAAAUCAGUGAAGAAAAGGAUUAGCAUCGAUUCUAAACCUCCGCACCCAGCGCAGGAUAACAGGAGCGAUCAACAUCUGCUAAUACCGCCGAGGUCUUCGUGUUGCCUGCCGGCGGUUGGCGUUCCGGCGAUGUCCAUGGCGACGAUGAUAGAGCAGAAAUUGGUGAAUGCUGUGGCUUACGAGCCGUUCGUGUUGACGAGGUGCAAGUCGGAGCCGAUGAGGAUGGCGGUGGCGGCUAAACUUGCGCCGGAGAGUUGUUUCUGGAAGAAUAGGAAGUUUGAGCCGCAUCGACCCGCUACAUUCGGAGUCGGGUUUUGAGCUACCCGAAUCGACAAGAUUAUACGCUGUGGUUGGUGGUACCGGAAAACCUUAGUCUUGCACCAGUGCUCAGGUUGUACAUUUUCUUUUAAACUUUUUAUCAUUAAUGAAUUAUUAGUAGUAGAAGUAAUCCUUUUUAAGUUUUUAUAUUUUUGGGUAUUUCAUGAUUGGAUUCAAGAUUAUGUACUGAUGUUGUAAAAAUGAAUUUUGCUCAUUGUAAUUUAAUCGGUUCUAAUAAAUUAAGCUCUUUCA